CUGCUCACUGCUCUUCUGCUGCUCACUCCCCACUCCAGCUCCUCCCAACUCCCAGCAUCCUCCUCCCAACUCCCGACGCUCCCUCCCUCAGAUCCAUACGAGGAGACCGGGCCGAGUCGAGCGAUGCCGCCGCCGCAGCCGAACGGGGGGAAGGUGACGCCGAACCUGGCCAUGGACGCGGAGGCCACGCGCAUGCUCAACCUCACCGUGCUCCAGCGCCUCGACCCCGCCGUCGAGGACAUCCUCAUCACCGCCGCCCACGUCACGCUCUACGACUUCAACAUCGACCUCAACCAAUGGAGCCGCAAGGACGUGGAGGGGUCGCUCUUCGUCGUCAAGAGGAACACGCAGCCGAGGUUCCAGUUCAUCGUCAUGAAUAGGCGCAACACUGAUAAUCUGGUGGAGGAUCUAUUGAGUGAUUUCGAAUAUGAACUUCAACCUCCAUAUUUGUUGUACCGGAAUGCCGCACAAGAAGUGAAUGGUAUUUGGUUUUAUAACCAACAUGACUGUGAAGCUGUUGCAAGCCUUUUUGGAAGAAUACUGAAUGCUUAUGUCAAAGUGCCUCCAAAACCAAAAGUGCCUUCCACAAAAAGUGAGUUUGAAGAAUUGGAGGCUGUUCCUACAUCUGCUGCUAUAGAUGGCCCCCUUGAACCUCCGCCAUCAUCCACUGCUCUAGUUUCUGAUACACCUGAUGAAUCAUUGGCCAAUUACUUCAAUGGUGCUGCUACCAUCGGGAGUGUAUCAAGCGCACCAAUGGCUGGAAGAACGCAUCCAUCCACUGAGUCCAUUGCAUCUUCCCAUGUGCCGUUGAUGGUUCCAGCUGCUACUCCAGCACAUCAAAUACCUCAUCCUUUAGGGGGUUCAUCAGCUCCACCACUGCCCCUCCAUGACGCUAAUGCCCGUGUGAGCCAUUCAACAAAUCUUCUGACACCGGCAUUCUUUGCGCCUCCAUCACCCUCUUUGACAUCGGUGGCACCACCAGUUUCAUCCGUGAUGCCUACAGCACCGCCUCUUCACCCAAAUUCUGCAUCUGCUCAACCUCCUCCAUAUGGCACCCCCUUGCUCCAACCUUUCCCCCCACCUACUCCACCUCCUUCCCUUACCCCUGCACACAACGAUGGGCCUGUUAUUUCAAGGGAUAAAGUUAAGGACGCCCUCCAGAGACUUGUUCAGAGCGACGAGUUCAUCGAUUUAAUCUAUCGGGAGCUGCAAAAUGCACACAUGUAGACUGCUCAGCAGUAUAUAUGGAGUUCAUCUAAAAAAGGUAGCCUGUAUGGAGUUGCUGGCUGAACAAGAUUGCCUUUGUCUUUUUUUUUGUGAGUUUUGUAAGAUUUAUUUCUCAAAACAUCUGUAUAGCUUGUUUUAAUGUCUUGAUGUAGAGGGCUUAUAGCAUUGUUUGGUAGUAUUUGUCGUACUUGUUUCCCAAUAACUGUAUUGUCAGAUAGUAUCUAUGUUAGUGAGUAUCAAGAAAGUUAGAUUCGGCGAUGUCCCUUUUUGGGGCAUCCUGAUUUUGUAAAUCAGGACUUGUGCAGGAAUAUUUAAAUACCAUAUUUUUGUGUGAUUUACCACAAUUACCACCGCAGUA